AGCUGCUGACGCUCCACACACUGGAUCUUCACUCUGAGACUCGAUGGCUUCCAGAUCAGAGGAGGAUCUCUGCUGUCCCGUCUGUCAGGAGGUCUUCAGAGAUCCCGUUCUUCUGUCAUGUAGCCACAGCUUCUGUAAAGACUGUCUGAACAGCUGGUGGAGAGAGAAACCAACACGUGAGUGUCCAAUCUGUAAGAAACGAUCUUCGAAGGCAGAUCCACCUGUUAAUCUGGUGCUGAAGAACCUGUGCGAGUGGUUCUUACAGGAGAAAAAUCGGAGAGCCUUGGAGCAUGUCUGCAGUCUGCAUGCUAAGAAAACUGAUCUCCUCAGACCCAUCGAUAAAGCUGCACAACAACGCAAGAAGGAGCUUCAGGAAACUCUGGAGCCCUUAAAGGAGAAGUUGAAGAUUUGUGAAGAAGUUCAAGUGAAGUUUGAUCAAACAGCAGAACACAUUAAGGUCCAGGCCCGACACACAGAGAGGCAGAUUAAGGAGCAGUUUAAGAAGCUUCACCAGUUUCUAGCAGAGGAAGAGGAGGCCAGGCUGGCUGCACUGAGGGAGGAAGAGGAGCAGAAGAGUAGGAUGAUGAAGGAGAGGAUGGAGGCUCUGAGCAGAGAGAUAGCAGCUCUUUCACACACAGUCAGAGCCACAGAGGAGGAGCUGAGAGCUGAAGACGUCUCAUUCCUGCACAGCUACAAGGCUGCAGUGGAAAGAGUCCAGCGCUGCCUCCUGCUGGAUGAUCCACAGCUGCCCUCAGGAGCUCUGAUAGACCAGGCCAAACACCUGGGCAACCUGACCUUCAACAUCUGGAACACCAUGAAGGACAUGGUCUCCUACACUCCCCUGAUCCUGGACCCAAACACUGCAAACCCAGCACUCAUCCUGUCUGAAGAUCUGACCAGCGUGAGACCAGGUGGGACCCAAAGGCUUCCUGAUAAUCCAGAGAGGUUUGAUCAUCUCUACUUUGUCCUGGGCUCUGAGGGCUUUAACUCCGGGUCUCACAGCUGGGAUGUUGAGGUUGGAGAGAGUACACACUGGGGUCUGGGUGUGUUAGCAGAGUCUGUCCGGAGGAAGGGACCCAUACGGUCGGGUUUUGGUGGAAUAGGAUUCAGUAAAGGUGAAUACUCAGCACGGUCAGAAUCAGUUCCCUCCGCGGUUCUCCCACUGCAGAAGAAGUUCCAGAGGAUCCGAGUGAUUCUGGACUGGAACAGAGGAAAGCUGUCCUUCUCUGAUCCUGAUACUGACACACACAUACACACCAUCACACACACUUUCACUGAGAGGAUGUUUCCAUUCAUUAGUAUUGGUGAUAAAGUCCCAGUGAAGACACUGCCGGUGUCGGUGGAACAGAGCAGUUAAAUGAAGAUUACAUGUGUUUGAUGGAUGUGGUCUGACUCAGCAGCAUGCGGGUCCUGUGGCUGGUGUGGUCCCAUCGCUUUCUGAUU